GUACAAAAGCUGUAGUUUUAUCACUAGCUUAGUUGUCUUUCCAUUCUUCCUCAAGGUUAGGAUAGACAGAAGUUUGACCCAGAUCUUCCACCUUCAGUAACUUACAUUAGGGGUAAGUUUCAAUGGGUUAUUACGCUUUUCAACGCUCUCGUAGGAAGAAGACUUGUUACAAAACUGAAGGGUAAGCUUGCAGUCAGAGAAGCUCUAUUUUUAGUUUUAAUCAAUAAUGGGUUGUUGGGGGCCCUUUUGAAGACCCAGUCUAGAAGGCAACCCAAUGAGAGUGGUGAAGUGCCUUUUUAGGCCAGACAAACUUGGAUUUAAAUUCUGACUGUCUAGUUACUAGCAAGCUGUAAGACCUUGGACAAAUCACUUGACUUCUUGAAAUUUAGUUUCUUUAUCUAUAAGGGGUAACAUUAUUGUGUUAUUAUCUUAUCUAAAACAUAAAACACAUUGCAUGGGGUGUGGUAGAUAGCCAACUGAUGUUUGUUUUUCUUACCCACCUUCCAGAACAUCUUAUUUUUAGUAGAAUCCCAGCUUUAGUUCUAUGCACUUGUGUAACUCACCCUUUCCAAGCUUCAGUUCCUUUCUUAAAAUGAGGGCAUUUAACUAGUUGAUUUCUGAGAUCCUUCCCAGCUUUAAGAUUUCAUAUAUGGAUUUUUAGACUAUUGAGGAAUGUAUAGGUCUGUUAAUUUAAGGAAAAACAAUGUAGUCUGUACUGGGACCAUAUCAUCCUUUAGGAAAGGGGACAUCUCCUGGAGUCAAAUUCCUCCUCUCCCCUGGGAAAGAGAUAGCCGGCUUUCUUCAGAGUCAGUAGCAUCUGAACUCACAUUCUGCUUUGUCUCUUUUCUGACACUACACUGUAUAUGAUGGUCUUUGGGACAGGCCUUUGGUUCACCUUGCUCAGUCUUAGUGCAAUUUAUGUUUUACCUAUUUCUUCUUUCCUCUUCUGACCAGGUCAAGAGGCAGAUGCCAUUGAAAGAUAGUGAGUGACUGUUUCCAGGACAACCACCAUUGGGGGGAGCAGCCGGAAGCAUUGACUGAAAGCUUAAAUUACCUAAAUGAGUGAUAAUGGUCUCCAGCUGCCAAAGAAGGUUGUGGAUGCCAAGAGAAAGGUAACCGUUUCUCAUCCCCUCGAGUGGACUUGGACGCUUCUACGAGUUCACACUGGCUGGCAGUAGACAUGGCCGAGUUCACAAACUUCAAGGAUACUGCCUCCAGCCGCCACCUGCGGUUUAAGUUGCAGAGUCUCAGCCGCCGCCUUGAUGAGCUGGAAGAAGCCACCAAAAACCUCCAGAAAGCAGAGGAUGAGCUCCUGGAUCUCCAGGACAAGGUGAUUCAGGCGGAAGGCAGCAACUCCAGCAUGCUGGCUGAGAUUGAAGUGCUGCGUCAGCGAGUGCUGAGAAUCGAAGGCAAGGAUGAGGAAAUUAAGAGAGCAGAGGACCUGUGUCAGCUGAUGAAGGAGAAACUCGAAGAGGAGGAGAACCUCACCCGGGAGCUGAAGUCCGAGAUUGAGCGGCUUCAGAAACGAAUGGCCGAGCUUGAGAAGCUAGAGGAGGCCUUCAGCAGGAGUAAGAAUGACUGUACCCAACUCUGUUUGAGCCUGAAUGAGGAGAGAAACCUCACGAAGAAAAUCUCCUCUGAGCUGGAAAUGCUCAGGAGCAAAGUGAAAGAGCUGGAAUCUUCUGAGGACCGCCUGGAUAAAACUGAGCAGAGCUUAGUGUCAGAGUUAGAAAAGCUGAAAUCCUUAACUCUGAGCUUUGUAAGUGAGAGGAAAUACUUGAAUGAGAAGGAGAGAGAAAAUGAGAAACUUAUAAAAGAGCUCACGCAGAAACUGGAGCAGAACAAAAAAGUGAACCGGGAUUAUACAAGGAAUGCUUCUAACCUGGAAAGGAACGACCUCCGGAUUGAGGACGGCAUCCCUUCCACGCUGCCGUCUAAAGAAUCCAGAAGGAAGGGCAGCCUAGACUAUCUGAAGCAGGUAGAGAAUGAAACAAGAAAUAAAUCGGAAAAUGAAAAGAACCGAAAUCAGGAAGACAAUAAAGUCAAAGACCUUAACCAAGAGGUGGAGAAGCUGAAGACGCAAAUCAGACAUUUUGAAUCCUUGGAAGAGGAGCUUAAGAAAAUGAGGGCCAAAAAUAAUGACCUGCAGGAUAAUUACUUGAGUGAACAAAAUAAAAACAGACUCUUAGCCAGCCAGCUGGAGGAGAUAAAGCUGCAAAUCAAGAAACAAAAAGAGCUAGAGAAUGGAGAGCUCGAAGGGGAAGAUGCUUUCCUGUCCAGCAAAGGUAGGCACGAGAGGACUAAGUUCAGAGGCCACGGGAAUGAGGUGUCUGUGUCCAAGCACACAUCUCGGGAACUGUCCCCUCAGCAUAAGCGGGAAAGGCACCGAAACAGGGAGUUUGCUCUUAAUAAUGAAAACUAUUCUCUGAGCAACAGGCAGGUUUCCUCUCCCGGUUUCACCAACAGGAGGGCAGCCAAAGCUUCCAACAUAGGGGCAGGUACAGAUAGUGGGACUCAAGAGACAAAGAGAACUGAAGAUCGAUUUGCAUCCAGCUCCUCUCAGAGUGAAGGGAGGAAGUCCAGGGAGCAGCCGUCGGUGCUAAGCCGCUACCCCCCAGCUGCUCAGGAGCACAAUAAAGUUUGGAAGGGUACUCCCAAGCCAGGUACUGAGAGUGGGUUGAAGGGAAAAGUAGAGAAAACAACACGAACAUUUAGUGAUACCCCUCAUGGAUCUGUUCCCAAUGACAUACAGGGUAGAACUGACAAGGCUCCUGACACCUCAACGGAGGCCCUCUUUGGCAAGAGGGGGCAGGUGUCUAGCAAUGGAAGUCAAGUAACUCAGGCUGCAGACACUGGCAGUUCUAAGGCCAUUGGCGCUCUGGCCUCAUCUCGAAGAUCUUCCUCAGAAGGGCUCUCUAAGAGCAAAAAGGCUGCCAAUGGCCCAGAGGUUGAUACCAGUUCCCAAAAUUCCAAGGCUUCACUUUUAUCAAAGUAUCCGUAUAGCUCCAGAAGCCAAGAGAACAUUCUUCAGGGUUUUUCAACCCCAAAUAAAGGAAUUGAUCAGUCUGUAGCAGUUGUGAUGGAAGACAGCAGUCAGCAUGAGGCCCUGAGGUGUCGAGUCAUCAAAUCUAGUGACAGAGAGAAGCCAGACUCAGACGAUGACAUGGACAUGACAUCUCUUGUUACUGCCAAAUUGGUAAACACAACCAUUACCCCGGAGCCAGAGCACAAACAACAGCCCACCUCUAGAGAGAAAGCCAAAUCUCGAGGGGGCCUUAGAACCAACUUGUUUGAGAAUGAUAAAGAUGUCGGGACAGAAAAUGAAGCUCUGAAACCUGUCAGAGCCUCCACCAAUGCCGUGGAGUUCCCAGAGGCCAACGGUGCUGGGGUAAAAAGGCCCUUCAGCCCCAGAGAAGCCUUGCGGUCUAGAGCCGUCAUCAAACCUGUCAUCAUUGAUAAAGAUGUGAAAAAAAUCAUGGGAGGGUCUGGAACUGAGGCUGCAUUGGAGAAACAGAAAUCCACCUCCAAACCAGGGCCAAACAAAGUGACAAGUAGCAUUACUAUCUACCCUUCUGACAGCAGCAGCAACAGCAGCAGCCCUAGAGCCACCCCAGGUGAGGCCCCGCGGGAGAGGCACACAUCCACCAGCAACAUCCAGGUUGGGCAACCAGAGCUCACGUCAGUUAGCAACCAUGUCAGCUCCCCCUUUGAGCUCUCCAUUCACAAACAUGACAUCACCUUGCAGUUCACAGAAGCUGAAAGAAUGGGAGACGGGCCCCUAAAGAACAGGCCUGAAACAGUGGUCUCUCGGAGCAGCAUUAUAAUCAAGCCAUCGGACCCGGUGGAGAGGAAUAAUCAUGCACCUCCUGCAGAGACAAUCAGGUGGAAAAGCCAUAGUGCCCCUUCAGAGGUGAGCCCUUCAGAUGCCAGGCACGUUACUGUGCGGAAUGCCUGGAGGAGCAGGCGAGAUUUGAACUCUUUAGAAGAUCCCCCAGCUCAAAUGGGUAAAAAUGUGGCAUCUACCAAUGCCUACACCCAGAGGUCUUCCGUAGACUAUUCAGAGCUUGAACAGCCCAAGUCGUACCUUUUAGAGCAGGGUACUCGAAGGGCAGGAAACCCAGGGGAUGCCCCUGAGCUCUCUUCUAGAAGGACCCAAAGUAGCCUCACUGUGUCAGAGACGCUCACUCGGCGGAAUCGGGUAGGGGAUGCUGUCACAGCUGCCGCCUGGAACCACUUGGCAGGCAUGGAGGAAGGCGAUGACUGCGCACUCAGUGUCUACAGGCAACCGCACAACUCCCUGGAACCGUCUGAACUGCCCGUGAAGCAGGGGCUGUCAGAGCCUGGGCGAGUACAGGCUGAGGAACGGUUACGACCACCCCGACCCUGUACUGAGGAAAACUGAGGCAGCUGGGCGAGGCCUGCUGUCUCCUCUGCUCCUGCUUCUCAGCUCUUCCACCUUCCCAUCCUAUGAAGGAUCCCAGGCCAGUUAACCAGGCUAGACACCAGGCCUUGGCUGGGAGAUUGUGGCAGAGAGCCAGGCUGUGGCUCAGGUCAUUUUUGCCGGUUGGCCAGAGAUCAGAAACUACAAGCUGGACAGAGUCACCCGGGCACAGCCUUUCCUGAUUGAUGCAUGAGUCCUGUUUCCUUGUCCCUGCCCCGUCCCCAGGUAGGAGGGGCCACUCUGGCCCCCAAAUAGGGAAUGAUAUAGAAACUCCUUAUAUUCCCACCACACAACAGCAGCCCCUUCGGUGUGGUUAAUGUUCCGAUUUCUUAGUCCCCUCAUCACAUCCAGUUCACUCCUUGUCUGCCCCAGGGGCCUAAGUACCGACACUAAGACUUACCAGCCAUCAGCUCCAUUUAGGGGGCUUCUAUUCCUUUCCCUUUGGAGUUCCUCGGACUUUUACCGAAGAGGUCUGUGCUGCCUCCAAGGGAUUAUGGGACUAUGACCUGGUCCCCUUGCUGAUCCACUGUUUCCUGGGGGCAGAGCACACGGGUACCCACCCACCUAUUGGAAUGUCAUCAUCCCUCCCCCAGCCCCAGCUCUCAGCUCACCCUCCAAAGGCUCCUGGAAGUGCACAGACCUCAUGCAUCUCCUUUCCUGGGCACCAAUAAUGCUGCUGGCAUUGCCUGCUCCUCUCCUGUGGCUGGAGACUUCAUGCUGACUUUGUUUCCACCUUCGGAAUAUUCCCAGACUAAACUGGGCCUGAUCCAGCAUACUCUGCCUUCUAGGAAGCGCCCAGCAGAGGGGAAAGUGGACAGGAAGGAGCGCUUUCCCGUUAGUCACUCCACACAGCAGUAGCUCCAUGGAAGGCAUGGACUCCGUUCCUCCUCCAUCCCCUACAGAGGAGGUGUCGCACUUUACCAGGCCGAUGCAUUCCUGCAGAAGUGGGCCCAUGAUUUCUGCAAACCAACUAUCAUGAUGACUUCAUGGGAGGAAAGGUAACACAUGCCCGUCAAGGGCCCCAGGUUUAUACAAUUCAAAAUGCAGCAAACUUCAGGAAGCCACAUAAAGGUUGAUUAGUUUACUUACACCAUUUGCAUGGGGAAGUUAAAAAGAACCGUAUAAUCUUGACACUGCUUUUUCUGUAGCAUUCUCAGUUCUACCUGUAUGAAGCAGACACUUCCUUCAUAGUGAAAGAGCGUUAGAGUAGGAGUCGGGAAAGCUGAAUUUUCUUCAUGGCUUUGCCUCAGUUUCUGUGUCUAUAAAGUGAGUUAGUUGAAAUGAAUGGUUUCUAAGGGUCCUAAAUCUGGCAUUCUAAGAUUCUUCUGUUUCCAUCAUUCCACUGGGGGUGGUGGUGGGGGUGGGGUGGUGGUUCUCGCUUUUAGAAGGUGUCAUCCAAAUGGGUUUGGGAAAUGUGUCCUUCCCACUGCCUUUGAUUGCUUUCCUGGGCCCUUUUAAUGUCAUGUGGUUGAGCUCAGAGAAGCUCCCCUUGGCCUCCUUUUUCCAGUCUGUAAAAUGAAGGGGUUAGAUUAGAUGGUGUCUGCAGCCCUUUUUUGGCACCAGUGCCUUGCCCAGUGCCACGCAGUGUCUCCUGGCUCGCACUUUCCAUAAUACAAGUUAGUGUGUCUCCUGUUCCUGUGCUUCUUGUCAUCUCAGCUUCCACUCAAAGUGGGAACCAGCAUUCGUCCUGCCUUGUCUGCAUCAGACUUGGCAGUCCUGGAGGCUUGGGGAGCACCUACCGUUACUUUCAGGGACAGGAAUGUUUUGUUCCUAUUUCCAUUUUCUGGAAUUUUGCCAUUCUAAGGGCAUUGUCAUGAGGCUUGCCUUUCCUUCACAUUGCUGCCUCAGAUGUUCAGCUUCAGAUGCUGUUUCAAAACCUUUUCCUACUGCUUCUCCUGGGUCACCACUGGCCAGAAACUAGUUUGCUAAAGGCUGCGAUCUCUCACAGCCUCCCUGCCAUUCUUCACUGGUUGGCAACCCUGACAGUUCAAAGGAAACUGACCUCUGUGGUGGUCAACUGAGAGUAUAGGCAAGUCUGUGGCUCUUCUCUGCUGGUGGAAACAGAAGGGUGCCAAGCCAUGCCUUCAAAGUUCUCGCCAAUAAUUCUCAUCUUUGGGCAUUGGAGCCCUGGAUUCUGGUGCUGUAGCUCUUGGUGCCAAAGUCUGGAUCUUUCCACAUUUCAGCAGCAUCAUCUGCCGCUACCCAAAAUGCUCUGUGUAAGAGGGACAGCUGUGAUGCCCUCUUGCUGGGGCUAUCUUAAAAUCUUGAGUGCAAUAGGGUUUGAUUGUACCAGUUAUUUCAGGAUAUUUUGUUUCAUCUGCACACUUUCUAGAACCGCUGUAAAAUGUUUUUUUAAAAAAUGUCCUCAGCGUUGCAGAAAAUACCAUCUGUUACAGCCUGCAGUCAAAUGGCUGGCAAGGCUGGCUCUUAAAUUCCAAAGCUGGAAGGCACGUUUCUGAAAAGCAGCCUAGGUGAGACUGUCUGGACCCAGGCCUCAUCAUCGGGGCCCUGGAAGAAACAUCCAAAUAAAGGGGAGACCUGGUAGUUGAAUAGUUGUCUAAUCAAGCCAAAUAUUCCCCAUCACAGCCAGUAAACCCACUUUUAUGACAAGCCUUUUCUGCAGCUUGGCUCAAACUCUAAAUUUUACUGGCAGGUGUAUGGUUGUGGGAAGGUUCCUAGUGAGGUUGGGGAACCUCCAGAGCUGCUUCAUGGGAGAAAGUAGAGCUGGUCUCUUCCACCUGUUGUCGCCUGUCUCUUGCCACUCUGAUACUAAAAACAACUGGAGAAAGCUGCAGGGAUAGUGAGCAGAGGAAGCCAUGACUGUUUUUGCUUGAGUGGCAGCGAACGUUAUAAUGUGGGUUAAAGGGAUUUGCAGUGGGGCCAAGGAUCCCAACCUUGGCCACAGGCAAGCUUGCACAUAAAUCAUCCCUCUCUCAUGGGGCAUGAGAGGGUCUAUAUUGAUCUUGGACCUUUCGUCCCGGAGCAGUUUUAGUUCUUUAUAUUUAGUGGGUUAGUGCCAAGUACUACCACUUCCCAGUAAAGGAACAGGGACGCGGCCUCCGGUCUGGUCCCUCGCUGCCUUUGUUGGUGUGGGGGUUUUUGUUUUGGUUCAAGACUGCUUUGGAAGAGCUGCUUUUAGGGAUUAUCUUCCGAAUACCCCUGACGGGGAACAGGGUUUUCCUCAAAGCCUCACAACCAAGAUCAUAGGAAAGGGGCCCUAUUUUCCUGCUGCUUCACAGCUCAGAACAUGUACUGAAUGGAAUGUAUUUUUAAGAGAAUAAAGUCUAUUUUUUGUAUUUUAAAGAUUGGGAGGGCUAGGGAAGUAGCCCUCAAAAACUGUUAUUACAUAAUAGGCCCCUUUGCUAAGGGGCAUCAGUAUCUGUUGGUCCACACUUACUUGCUCAGGCAGGUGCUCGGGUCUCACCCCUGCCCCUUGGAGUCCAGGUGCAGCAGCUUCUACAUUCCUGCUCCAAGCAUGGGACCAAGGAGGCUGGAACCCUGUCGCUGGAAACCAGGGCAAAGCCAUGAGCAGUGACUCAGGGCUCCUUGGGUGCAUGUGUAUAGUUGAAGCUGCCUGUCUGCAUGUAUCCUCUGGCUCUAAUGCUGUCUGUUGGCUCUGCAGCACAAUAUGUAACCAAUAAAGCUCCCUAGUUUCCAUGUG